AACGUCCAACGAUUUUCCAUUUGCGCUUUGCCUCACCGCUCACCGGCGGCUCACACCAGCCGCCGCACGCCGUCGCAGCGUACGGCCUCCAAGCCCACCGCCGCCCACUCAUCGCCUCCUCUUCGUCCAUGGCGGCUUCACUGCGAGGCGGCCUGGUGGUGCCGCUCCCGCCUCCGCUCGCUUCCCCGCGCCGCCUCGCCCCGUCCCCGAGGAGGCGCCGCCGCCGCCUCCCCAGGGUCCGCGCGGCUGCGGCGGAGCCCGUCGAGGUGGUGGGCGUCGGGAGCCGGAAGGACGCCGUCAUCGACUUCUGCCUCGGCUCCCGCACCCUCUCCUCCACCCCGAUCCGCUUCUGGACAGUACAUGUGGAUAAUUCUGAAGUGCAAUUCAUACCGAGAGUUCAGGAUACAGAGACAGCAGUUGGAGACUUGGAACGUCCCUUAUCUCUUCAUCCUUGCCCGUCGGCGGUUAUUAUUGUUGCAAGUGCCGGACAGGAGGCUGAUCAAAUUGCUGCGCUGGAGCUUCUAAGUGCUACCAAAUCCGCCGAUAAUCUGGCUGCAUCAAUAUUUUUGAAGCCCUUUUGUUUUGAGGGACAAAGACGGCAAUUGGAGGCAUCUGAUUUGAUUGUUAAAUUUCAAGCAUGCUCGAAUUUUCACAUUGUUAUUGAAGCUGAUUCACUGCUUGAGACGGAAGUGGAAACUCUUGCUGAAGCUUUGGAGAGUGCCAAUAAUGCUGUCCUCUCAACUAUUAGUAUGAUAUCCAUCAUGAUGUCGGGAUUUAAUCAAAUGUUCUGGAGCUCCCUUGAUGCACAAAUUAAGGAAGUUGAUCCUGAGGAAGUAGGCAAACUACUCAAAAGCUAUGGGGAAGCUAGGGUUGGAUUUGGUGCUGGUUAUAAUGUCCAAUCAGCUAUUAAACAGGCUGUUCUUCACUGUCCAUUUCUUCGUGGUGGCAUAAAGGACUUGAACAAUGUUGUUUUUCUGUCGCUUACAACUUCUCGGGUAUUGGCCGAGAGUGAUAUGAUCUCCAUUCUACACAUCUUUCGUCGAGUUACUGGGUUCAAUAAGGACAUUAUAUUUUCUAGAAAUUCUGAACCUGAUCUAGAGCCAAAACUCAUAGUAGUUUCUCUUCUAACAAUUCGAAAUGCCCGUGAUGAAAAUGUUGCCUCAGUAAAGGAUGGAUUUCUUUUGAGCAUGGCUUUGCAUUUUCCUUUUAUAUCAUCUCUUAUGGGAGGAGAUACUCAGGAGCUUAGACAAGCUCGGUUAAAUCACUCAUUCAGCAAAUUGCCUGACAGUGGUUUGAGCUUAGCGGAUCAAGGAUUGCCAGAACAUUUCAGUGUUUCUAAUGAUGCUACUGUUUCUAAUUUAUAUUCUGACAAAAUAGAAAAUAUCAAAUCGGAGAGGGAAUCUGAUAACAAUAAUGGGAGAAUACAUCCAGAGUUUAAAGAAGCUAAUUUAGAGUCUGAUGGAGAAACUAGUAUAGAUGUUGGCAGAGAGGAUCCAAGUUCACAACAGGAGCGUAAUUUCUGGAGCAAUGUCCCUGCCUUUGGUAUUGCACAAUUGUGGGCUAAAGAGCGGACCACAACAGGUAGAGGCAAUAAAAGGAAUGAGCUUGAUUAUAUCACUCUGCCUGUUGGUGUAAAAUCUCUUGAGGUUCAGUAUGAUCAUUCUCCAAAUACACAGCCUGAAACCCGUAAUGCUACCGAUAGCACACCUCUAUCUACUGGGCAUGCUGUCUCUGGCGCCUCACUUUCUGGUGUUGGUUUGGAGAAAGUGAUGGAGAUAUGUAGUUCUGCAGCGGCAUUUCUAAAGGGCAGAAUGGAUAAAUCUCGAAAACGUGGCUCUGCUGCCAGCCGAGCUGCAUCGAUGCUCGUUCAUCAAAUCACAUGCCUGGUGUCGCCAGCCCAAACUGGGUGCACUCAAAACCACCCUCUUAAUUCCCUCUCCAGCUAUUCAUCAUCAUCAUCAUCAUCAUCAUCAUCAUCAUCAUGUGUUGCAGAUGCAGAAAGAGAAGCCGAAAAAACAUGGAGCCCAAUAGUUGAAAUACAGUUUGGAGAAGGGACUUACAGAGGGAGAUGCCAAGAAGGUGUCCCUGAAGGAAAGGGACGCUUAACCUACAGUGAUGGUAGCAUCUAUGAUGGACUCUGGAGGUAUGGCAAGAGAUACGGUUUGGGAACGCUUUAUUACAGCAACGGUGAUGUAUUUCAUGGAACAUGGAGGGACGAUCUUAUUCAUGGAAAGGGUUGGUACUAUUUUCACAGUGGCGACCGUUGGUUUGCGAAUUUUUGGAAGGGGAAGGCUAACGGCGAGGGAAGAUUUUAUGCCAAGGAUGGGAGUAUACUCUUUGGCCAUUUUCAAAAUGGAUGGCGUCAUGGAGAGUGCUUGUUGAUAGAUGGGAACGGAUCAAGGUGGCUUGAAGUUUGGGACGAUGGUGUACUUACUGGACGGACUAAAUUGGAAGAAUAGGAUUCUGAUUUCUCUGGACGUCAUUGGCAAUGCCGGCCAUGCUUCAAACGCUGCAAGACACCGUGGUCCCCCGCUGGAAGCUUUGUUGAAUGAUGAAGUGAUUGCACUAAUUUUUCAAAGCUUGUGCGCUGCUUUGAUUGCCGGUUACCCCCUGGAGGUAUGGGAGAGGGUUUCCUUCAUACUUAUGUUGUUCAAAUUGGGGAAGAGCAUCACAAAUUCACAGGCACAAGUGCACCAAACAAGAAGUAGGCCUGCAGAUUCAUUUUCGUUGAUAGCCGCCGUGUGUUGCUUCUCUGAUUAGCUAGGCUCUGUGCAUAGACGAAGAAGCCAUUGUCUCCCACAUUUGUUUCCAACUAGAUCAUUGAAAGCGCGCGUUGCUGCGCCCGUCUAUUUUGGCACUACAAUGUUAGUGAUAGAAUGAAUUAUAUUAGAGGUUUUACUCUAGCAAAAUUAAUACAUGAAUUAUGAUA